AUGAGUUUGUCCACAUCUGGAACCAAUCCUCACUCCUUUGACAUUACUUUGCUCGGCAACCUCGCAUACGGACAAUCCUUACAUAGUCGAAACAUAACUCAUACAAUCUCUGCGACAUUCAAGCAACUACUUGAAGACCACAAGAAAAGCUCACUCACCACCCUCCAUCAGCAUAACCCCAUCCACCAUGUCAGCCACCCUCAUAACCUCCGUCCUCCCCAUCUCCACGGCCCUCUUCCCGUCAUCAGCUUCCACCGCUACACCCAUAGAUGA